CAAAAUUUUCAAGCGUCGCAAAACUGUCACUUUUUAUAUAACCAAAUUUUGUUAAAAAAAUUAUAAAAAUUGCAAAAUGAGUGCUCCUUUCUAUAGUUUCGAUCCGUGCGUGUGCACAGGCGCGCCGUGCGGUGCGUGCUACCCGUACACAACAAAACCGUGCGUGCAUUCACGGAACGAUCUCCGGCCGUGCUCCGUGUGCCCGGGCGGCGGGUGCUCGCCAUGCCCGGCGCCCGUGCGGCCGUGUCCGGCGCCGUGCCCGCCAUGUCCUGUGCUACCAUGUUUGCCAGAGUGCCCACCGUGUGACAAGGUGUACCCGGCUGUUCCUGUGCCGCCCCACAUCUGCCCGUCCGUCGCCAUCCCGUGCUGCCGGCCCAACCGCUGCAAGCCGUGCCCCUGCUACUGCUGCCAAGGGCCCGGCUGCUGCAUACCGAAACGCUGCAGCUACCCCGGCGCGCCCGUCUGCUGUGGCUGCAAAGGACCAUGCAUGCCCAUCUGGUAGG